AUGUAUGUCUUGAAUGCGGAUACGGUUGGCCGGACGAUACCUGGCGUCCGAGGACACCGAACGGAUAGUUGCUCUCUUGUCUUGAAUGCUGGGUUCCAGGCGAAGCGAUUUGAUGUGACGGCUAGUAGAUGGAGUUUGUCUGAUGAUGAUGAUGAUGAUGAUGAUGGACUGCGACAUCCUUGGGUGGAGAGAAUGAGCGGACACGGAGGAGGGUUUGGGCGUCAUCGUAUCCCUCGUGAUAUAAUCCUGGCAUGUGAGACUAUAUGGCGAUUCAUCGUCUCCUCUUCAUCCCGAUACGCGGUUGACAUUCUCGACCAUGGCGGCCAGUCAGCUAUCAUGAUUGGCCUGACUGAAAAGAUCCAUCCGCUUCUUAGCCAGUCACUACUCAACGAGAUCUCACUAGGGAGAAGUUACUUCAUUGGCGAGAGCGAUACUACUCAAAAGGUGAUGUACCCAAAGUUGAGUCCAUCACGUUUCGGAGCGAUUGGCUGGCUUAGCCUCCAACGACAUGAGAUAACUGAAGGACCUGUUCCAAAAGUACCACGACCGGACGCCGACCUUGUGAUGCGCUAUGUAGUCGACAACGCGGCUCUGCGGUCUGGGCAUCAGGCCAAUCGCAAUCUCGUAGUCAAGAACUCAACUAUCAUAUGUCGUAACGCAUCUUCAGCUCAUCUCUUCAAACAGAUUGACCAUAUAGGUGUUUGGAAGAGAGAACGAUCCUUCUCGCGAGUAUCUAGUCUCGCCCCCUUCUUCAAGAAAUCUCAUCCCUACCAGGAUAUCAUGGCUCUAGGAUUAAUGAAGGUUGAUUCAAAACGCACAUGGCUUGACUGGAAGAACGGCCCACCAACCGAUUCCUAUCUUUCCACGCCUCCUCACCAAUGUGGCAUCGGUAUUCUAGAGCCACCACACAGUGAAACCCGCAGAUUUCCCAGGAGAGAGUCUUGGACCGAAGAGGCACUCUCUCCCACGCAGCCCGGAAGUUAUCCGCCGGAAGCUGAGACCUUGCUCGAUAUUACCGUCCACAUCCCUUCUUCGUUGUACAUCUAUUCAGGCCAAUUUCCAUUCUCUUGCACGAAAGCUUCGCAUAUGGGGGCAAUGUCUACUAGGGAAUCUGUUCCACAAGCGAGACUCGGAGAACGCAACCCAAAGGCGAAGAAUCACAUCUUAGCAAUGAUUAGAAAAAGACUCUACCUGGAAGUGUUGGCUUUACCCGUACUCCAACUCCGCGAAAAGAAGCAAACGAGUGAGGGUAUUUCCUAUCCGUUCGCCAUCCGGAUUAUAUGUGUUUCUCGUAUGAGGGAUUACCCCUUUGGCGCUCCUGCCGAUAAUGGCAUGGCGUCAAGCAGAAAUUGCCUGUCAUGUUCAGAUCGACGAUAA